AUGUCUGAAAAACAAACCGCCACUUCGUCCUCCACGGCACACCCUCUGCCCACGGUCUGCACACAGAGCGGCAAUAUGUGCACGGAGGAAGAAGAAGAAAAGAGACUUCAGCAGUACUUUCAGAAAUUUUACAAGACAGACAAAAGACAUCGCAUUGAUUUACAGUGGUUUGGACAUCCGAUAAGUAAUGAUAUGAACCGUCCGGUAUUGGUAGAUAUUCUGGUCUCCAGUCGAAAAUUAAAAAACGAAGAAACAUCACCAACUGAAGUUCUUUUUAAAACUCAUUCUUACGAAAUCAAAUUGAUUCCAAACGAGCAUUUCUUUGAGUGGAACGGAGGGAGAAAAAGUGGAUACACUGUCGAAUUGAAAUUAUUCAAAAAAGUUGUGAACACAAGAAAGAAAAAAGACGACGACUCUCAGGACUCUUUCGCAGAACACACUGAUUGUGGAGUGCCUCUUAUUAGCUACAGUUUUACUGAAGACGUGUUCUCUAACACAUGGAUUUUAAAUCUUAUUUGGCCUGACGAGAAAACAAAGAUCUCGUUUAGGGGUGAUUUUUUCUUUUCUGUUUCAGUGUUCAGAAAAGUGGAUGCUGAUACAUCAAGAAGAAUAUUCACACGAGUUUCGAGUCGAUUUAAGAUUGUAUCCAAGCCAGGUGUUUACUUAAACAAGAAGAGAAAAAAGACAGAUGAAGAGGAAGAUGUGGAAGGUGAAUCUGACCUCUUUAAAAAGUUGCCACCACCAUCACACCUUAUUCCAACAAAUCCUUCCACUACCUUAUUUGCAAAUCCUGUAGUCAACUUAAUGCCAAACUUAGAUGCCUCACACAAUUCAUCUCUUGUAAAUCAAUACUAUCAACAGGUAGUGUUCGAACAAGUCGCACAAUCCAAUCAACACCCAGUAAUUUCAUUCUUCCCUCCACCCGCAUCAGCUUCAAACAGUGCUCUUCCAUUUCCACCAAAAUCGGCAACACAAACGAACCAAUUAUUUGGCGAGCAGCAAUCAAAUCAAAAUGUUAAAUUUUCACUGGAGAAAACUCAAGAUUUAUUCUCAUUCACUCAAGCAUCUCAAUUAGCUGCUUCACAGCACAACACACUGCUUCCAUCAUUAUCAGAUCUAGGCAAUUUGGUAACGCCAAUGAAAACUGAACAAGAUGAGAAUCCUUUCUCUCCAAUUACGCCCAACUCUCCCAUUACACCCUCUGGUAUCUUUGGAACUCAUCAACCAACACCACAAAAAGGGGUGUUGAGUUUGAACUUUUCACAAGAGGUUCCAACAACAAGCAACACUCAAGAUCCUUGGAGUUUCUUUAAUUCUCAAGAAGAGGCAAUGCAAGACUCGAAAAAGGAUGAUUUCUAUUACAAAAUGUUAGCAGAUGAGAAACGUGUAUAA